AUGGCAACAAGCAGCUCGGUGGCAGCGGCCAGUAAAAGAGGUGGUGGCCUCUACUGGGCACUUUUGUCCGUUCCCGUCGUAACCUUUGGCCUUGGCACUUGGCAAAUCUUUCGGAAACAACAGAAGGAGGAGCUUAUUGCCACGCUGGAAGCCAAGCUCUCCAAGGAGCCAGCCGCGCUGCCAACCAACCCAGCUGAUUUGGCGCAUAUGGAAUAUGAACGCGUCGCGGUGACGGGCACCUUUCUACAUGACCAAGAAAUGUUGGUGGGUCCACGAACCGUAACGCGAGAGGUCUUCAGCGGCAUGGCGGAUUUGCCCGAGGCAGGUGUCCAGGUCAUCACUCCCUUUCGUCUCGCUGACACCGGUGAGGUGAUUUUGGUGAACCGCGGCUUUGUCCCUGAGGCACAAGCGCCUCCCCACAAGCGAGCGGCUGGCCAAGUGGAGGGCACGGUUCGCCUCGAAGGCAUUGUUCGCCAUGGCGAGUCGCAAACGGCUUUUGUGCCCGACAACCAUCCUGAGCAAAACACGUGGUACUGGAUUGACGUGUUUACCAUGGCCAGUAACCGAAGCGCGCUGCCUGUGUUGAUUGAUGCCACCGCUGAAUGCACGCCGCCAGGCGGCUUCCCGCUGGGCGGGCAGACCAACAUUACGGUGCGCAACGAACACUUGUCCUACAUUAUCACCUGGUAUUCGAUUUCAGCCAUCACCCUGGCCAUGUGGGUAUUCCUGCGCCGUAAAGGAGGCAACCGCUCUGGGUUGCGCGCUCCUCCACCACGCCGUACCUAGUAGCUUGCUCUGCUGGACAUUGUCUUGUGGGUGUUUUCAUGCAUGUCGGGUAGAGGAAAAAAAGAAACAAAUUGAAAUUUCAGAC